AUUUCUAAGGGGCAAGGUCCCCUUGGUAGGUCAGAGUCAGAGACCACGAGGGGGGAGCCCCAGCGCACCCACCUCUCCUUGCCCGGAAAACUAGAAGUGGAGCUGGGGAGGAGGAAGAGAAGGAGGUGAAAAGGAUGGGCAGCAAGGAAGAUGUGGGGAAGGGAUGUCCGGCGGCCGGUGGCGUCUCCAGCUUCACCAUCCAGUCCAUCCUGGGCGGGGGCCCCUCCGAGGCACCGCGCGAGUCCGCCGGGUGGCCAGCUAGGAAACGCAGCCUGUCUGUGUCCUCGGAGGAGGAGGAGCCGGAGGAAGGCUGGAAGGCUCCGGCUUGCUUCUGCCCAGGUCCGCACGGCCCCAAGGAGCCAAGCCCUAAGCACCAUCCCCCCAUCCCUUUCCCUUGCCUGGGUACCCCCAAGGGCAGCGGCGGCGCGGGGCCUGCGGGCUCGGAGCGCGCGCCUUUCCUUUCUCCUUCCCACCCGGACUUUAAGGAGGAGAAGGACAGGCUCCUGCCGGCCGGCUCGCCUUCUCCGGGCCCGGAGCGGCCGCGGGACGGCGGCGCGGAGCGGCAGGCCGGGGUGGCCAAGAAGAAGACGCGCACCGUCUUCUCGCGCAGCCAGGUCUACCAGCUCGAGUCCACCUUCGACAUGAAGCGCUACCUGAGCAGCUCGGAGCGCGCCUGCCUGGCCUCCAGCCUGCAGCUCACCGAGACCCAGGUCAAGACUUGGUUCCAGAACCGCCGCAACAAGUGGAAGCGGCAGCUCUCGGCCGAGCUGGAGGCGGCCAACAUGGCCCACGCGUCGGCGCAGACUCUCGUGGGCAUGCCGCUGGUGUUCCGGGACAGUUCGCUGCUGCGGGUGCCCGUGCCGCGCUCGCUCGCCUUCCCGGCUCCGCUCUACUACCCCGGCAGCAACCUCUCGGCCUUACCGCUCUACAACCUCUACAACAAGCUCGACUACUGACGCGCCCUCCCGCCCGCCCGCUCAUCCGCCCGCCCGCGGGCUCCCCGGGCGCCGGCCGCCGCCUGCAGCCGCCGGGAGAGCCGGGCGCCGGCGGCCUCCUCUCCGGGGCGCCGAGCGGAGCGGCGCUCGCGUCCGGAGACGUUUGAGAAAUACACCAUGUGUAUUCGUUACGUCCUAUUUAUGGCCUCUUCCCCGCUUUUCUGUUCGUCUCGGGUAUUUAUCUGCGUUCCUCACGCCGGAACACCUGGCUCUCUCUACCCAAAACCCAAAGCAAGACGCGUUUGAAAAACUGUCUCGGAAAGGGAGAUUCUCGGGCGGUGGUGGGAAAGAGAGUUUUGGCUGGUAGCAAAAAAAAAAAAAACAAAACAAAAACAAAACAUCAGAAAACACAGCAACGAAACCGGAUAGUCUUUCUCCCAUUUGUACACCUGUAUAUAUGCACAUAUGUGUGUGUUUGUGUUGUAUAUACAAGGACACACCGUUAGCCAAGAGCCAGCUAGGGCCUUGGCCAUUGAACUAAUCACUACUCUUCGCUCCCUUCAUCUUGAUGAUGGGUAGGGGUGAAACGAGCAGAGUACAGAUCUGUAAAUAUUUUUAAAGAGGAAAAAAAAAUAAAACGUUUUAAACACGGUUGCUAA